AUGACUGCGGAUGUGCAAGUCAUUCGUACCCCCGUUCACGGGUGGUACGAAGGGGGUUAUCUUGAGGUUGCGGGUGACCCCCGCGUUCGGUUCUUUUUUUUCCCUUUCACACCUUUCCUCUCCGGGUGCCUUAAAGUAGUAACCCCGCUGCAUUUGUUGCGUUGUGUCCGUAUCAUUCCUGAGUUUGGAAUUGGUUGUUUGACGAACAUGGAUUGCGAUCUGCUUUUCAUGCCAAAGUUUCAGGUUAAAUAG